AUGGCGGACCAACAUCAUGAAAAGCAUCACGCCAAAGGAGACGGCAAAGCGGGCGACGAUCUAUCUGGUCCUAGCGACCGCGAUAACGGCUACAACCACGACGAUGACGUCUCCAGUACCGAGGGCCAGGUAUUUGCCUACUCGGAGGACAGGAAGAUUGGCAUCACGGGCGCCGUCUUCCUGAUCCUGAAUAAGAUGAUUGGCACCGGAAUCUUCUCGACGCCGUCUGGUAUCUUCGCUGCGACUGGCUCCGUCGGCCUCAGCUUCAUCUUGUGGCUUGUCGGCGGCCUCCUGACCUUCUUCGGCCUCAGCGUCUUUCUUGAGUUCGGCUUGGCUAUCCCACGGUCCGGCGGCGAGAAGAACUACCUCGAGCGAGUCUACCGCCGACCACGCUACCUUGCGACCUGUGUCCUGGCAUCACAAAUGAUCCUCCUUGGUUUCUCGUCUGGCAAUGCGCUUGCCUUUGGCCGCUACAUCCUGUACGCGUCCGGCAGCGAGGCGCCUGACGGAUGGCAGGCCCGCGGCAUCGGCAUCGCUGGAGUUACGUUUGCCAUCGUGCUGCACAGCACGCUGCCCAAAUGGGGAAUCCGACUCUUCAACGUGCUCGGCGUCUUCAAAGUCGUCGUCCUCUUGUUCAUCGUCUUCUCGGGGUUCGCCGCCCUCGCCGGCCGCCGCCUCGUUGACGACCCGCACAACUUCGACGACGCAUUCCGCAUCGAGUCCGGGGACGGCUACGGUGGCGGCGGCGCCUACGCCUACUCCAACGCCCUGCUCAACGUCGUCUACAGCUACAAGGGCUGGGAGAACGCCAACUACGUCGUAAGCGAGCUGAAGCACCCGCGCAAGACGCUCGCCAUCGCGGCGCCGCUCGCUGUCGGCGGUGUCACCAUCCUUUACAUCCUCGCCAACGUGGCCUACUUUGCCGCGAUCCCCAAGUCGGAGUUGGCCAAGUCGGAAGUGCUCGUUGCGGGCAUCUUCUUCCGCAACGUGUUUGGCGACAGCGCCGGGGCGCGAAGCCUGCCGGUGUUUGUGGCGCUCAGCAACAUCGGCAACGUUCUGGCAGUGAGCUUUGCGCAUGCGCGCCUGAACCAAGAGCUGGCCAAGGAGGGCCUAUUGCCAUUCAGCAAGUUCUGGGCAUCAAACAAGCCAUUCAAUGCACCCGCCGCUUCUCUAUUCCUACAUUGGCUUGUGACCGUCAUCAUCCUCGUCGCGCCGCCCGCUGGCCCGGCAUACACGUUCAUCGUCAACCUGUACACCUACCCGGGUGCGUGGAUCAAUGCAUUCGUCACCGCCGGCCUCGUGUGGCUACAGUACAAAAAGUCGGAGGAAUGGAGCUCGCCCUGGCACACGUUCCUCCCGAUAUCCAUCGUCUAUUUCCUCUCCAACGUCUUCCUAGCCAUUGUCCCAUUCAUCCCUCCAGAGGGCAGCUGGACCGCGGAUGGCUACCCCUACUACGUCUUCCCCGUCGUCGGCGUCGGCGUGCUGUUGCUCGGCGGCGUGUACUGGACCUUUUGGACGAGAAUCCUGCCGUACUUUGGCGGGUACAAAAUUGUGUCUGAGAGGACUUUCGACGAAGAGGGCGUGGAGGUGGUGCGCUAUCGCAAAAAGGCCGUCAAGCAUCUUUGA